GGUUGUUUACCAAAAUUUCACGUAUCGUACGAGCCUACUGAUUUAAUUUUUCGUUGUUCAAAUAAAUGGAGUUUUCAUACAACUACUACAAAAUGACAACAUUUAAAAGUGUUUCGCCGUUUUGAAACUGCAAUUUACGCUUGUGAUUUAUUGAAUUAGCCGAAUCAGUGAUUAUUUCACUAGCUGUAAUUAAGUGAAAAAUUCUAUGUGAUUUGGUAGCUUCUACGCUAGAAGUUGCUUUAUGUCGUUUUCGUUUUUUAAUUGCACUACACCAGUGCUACACUUUUUCUGCACCGAUACCACUGGUGUAGCACUCAUCAAAAGUUUGAUGUAGCUCUGUGCAAUGCAAUCGUUUAUUGUAGUCAAUGGUUACUGUUUAUGUUUUCGUCAUUUUUGUUCGUUUAUUCAUGCCUCAGUGUAGCACUGCACGAAAACGCCAUUAGAAAACUUUAAAUUCAAUCAACUGUGCUGGUGGUGUCAAAUAGUGAAUCAACUAUUAAUGCGAAAUUUACCUAAUAGAAUAAAUUAUGUACAUCAAGUACAAAAAGUAUAGCAAAAUUUUUGCUGGUGGUGGUUUGAUGUCUUUCAUUGGCUUUGUCGGCUACGAAGUUUUCCGUACAUAUUCCGCACUAAGUAACUUGGUUGACACCCGGGUGUUAGACAUCGACCGGAAGCGUCCCGAUUACAUCUACAUUAAGCAUCACAUCUACCGACAAUCGCUCCAGGAACAACUGGAACAGCAACAACAGAACAGCAAGCUGGUAAAUGUCGUUGUUCAACCGUUCGGAAAAUGGUGGAAAGUUUUUAAACACUCGGUUGCCUGGAGGUUACUCCGAAUCGCCCAGGAAGGCGAUCAAAACGAUCGUCUGAAGGCAGUCAAGCAGCUGGCUCUGAUUGAUCAUUUGAAGGGGAAUUCCAUUAGAGAUUGGGACUAUCAGCAUUUGGCCCAGCUGUGCGAUGCGCAGACGGCAGUUUCUCUAGCGCGGUCGAAUUGCGAUUCUCGUUGGUUUCUUCCACCCCGGCAGUACGGGGUAGAGAAGGAAUUACGAGAUGUUCUUUCUGACCUGAAAGCCUUGAUCGAAAAGCUAAUACCGGAUCGAUGUGCAGCAUACGUUUUGGAGCAUACUUUUACCGCAAAUCAAAUCAAGGAACCUAUUGGAGAUGAUGGUAUUGAUUACCGUCUCAGUUUGUCCCGUUUAGAGCACGAACUACUAAAACAGGCGCUCAGUGCCUUAGUCCAUUUGACUAUGAGGGCAGAGAACUGUCGGAAGAUUAUAAGUGCCGGAGGUUUACUGGCACUGAUAGAAGCGGAAAAACUGUUUAAAGAUAAUAUCGACAUAAAACUGAUCAUUUCGAGAAUCGUAGCAAAUUUAUCCGUCUGUGGAGAUUGUGUUUACGAUUUUUUCGCGAGCGGUUGGAUUAGCAUUUUGUCCCGCUGGCAGAAGGAUGUUGAUAUGCGUAUGCAGGUUACUACCGAUUUAACCCUGUCAAAUUUGGAUCGUGAUGAUCCGAACUGUUUCCACUAUGAAUCGAAUGUAUAUCCUCUUUAUCCAAAGGGGCGCAGGAAACGGAAGCCAGAUGUGGAUGUAGUUUUUAUUCACGGUUUAUUGGGAGGUGUAUUCGUAACAUGGCGACAGAAGGAUCUAAAACCGCAGGUGGCCAGUCUCCUAGGUAAGAAACAUUCAUCCAUAAAUCUAGUCUCGUCAAGUGCUAAAUCCACUGAUGGGGAUCACCAAGGAAAGGGCAAUUCGAUGCAACUCAAAAUUGCGUCAUUCAGCGCGAUUGCUCAGCCCAGCGGUGACGGUGUGUAUGGUGGGCCACAAAAAUCAGCUCGGCUUAUACGACUGUUUAACUGGUCUGCGAAAAAGUCUUCCUUCGAUGAAGAUCAGCCUCGGGCGGAUCACGCAGAAGAAGGCAUCGCUCCCUACAAGGACGAACUUUUGACGCUACAGCCGACGCCACCGAAGCGACAUGCCUUGAUCAGUGACACCGCCACCAAAGAGCUCAUCCAGGCACUGCAAGAAGACGAACCACUCAGUUCGGAAUGGUCGGUUGUUUUUCCGGAUCUUCCACUGGUGGCAGACGAAAAGAAUGCCAGUUUUAUACCGCGGAACAUCGAGAGUCGUUACAGUGUUUCCGGCGAGCAGUGGAACAAGGAACCGCUGGGUGAUGAAGCCGAUUGUCGUUCAUUCUGUUGGCCAAUGGAGUGGUUGCCGAAAGAUUUUCCAAACAUUCGCGUCAUUGGGCUGAAUUAUGACUCAUCGCUUUCACAAUGGUCCGCAAGUGGAUGUCCAUGUGAAAAGUACGAUGGAAAAUUGGAAAAGCGUGCCACAGAAUUCUUGCGUAAACUGUCUAAAUCUAACAUUGGUCAGGAUCGUCCUGUGGUUUGGGUUGGUCAUUCAAUGGGCGGCUUGCUCAUAAAGAGCAUCAUCGUACAAGCUGCUGAAAAUGAUGAUCCGGCCGUUCGCCGAAUCGCACACAACUCACGGGCCAUCAUGUUCCUAGGGACACCCCAUCGUGGGAGCGCCGUAGCCAAAUUGAAGCAACACACGUCGGCACUAGUCUGGCCAUCGGUGGAAGUUCGCGAACUUGAACAAAACUCCAAGCAACUGCUUCACCUGAACAAUUCAUUUUUAAAAGCUAUCGGUAGUUUUGGUAGAAAGCCGGAGAUUGUUAGUGUUUGCGAAGGUCGUCCAACGAUACUGACUUCGUUCAAACUUACGUUUCACAUUGUACCGGAGACGUCUGCUCGGAUCGAUGAGGGUGACUUUUAUUUGACCAAAGAGGAUCACCUGAAUCUUAGCAAACCGGUCUGCCGGCAGUCGUUCCUCUACCAGCGAUUGAUCAGUGCCAUCUGGUGUGCUAUGCAACCGGCCAAAGAUGAUGACCGGAAUGACGAAACAGAGGAAGACAGUGAGACGCUGUCCAGUGGAAAAGCACUCGAAAGUGGUAAAAAAUCCAAUUCUGUGUUCAAUGAUGUGUACCGACCGUUGCGGCAGAUGGACAAGUUGUUCAAUAUAUUUUUAUAACUCACACUAUUCCACUAUUAAUUUCAAUGCCGCUGCUUCAUGACAAAAAUGAUGGUAUUAUAUUUUAUGUUAUGUUAUCCACCGAGGAAAAUCAUUCUGUUUUAUAUUUAUUACUUUUCAUAUAUGCGAUAUUUUUGCAAAAGAAAAUAAAUCAAUCAGUGACGUUUA